AUCCAUAUCAUAACCUGCCCACAGCCUUUCGUGUUUUCGCGACGUUACAUUUCCUUGUUGAAAUAAUGGAAAUUUAAAUGUUCUAUUAGAUGCUGUAUAUUAUAAAUUAAUGAGCAAUAAUUGUAAAACUACCUCCACUUUAAAUAUUAUAUCGUAAUGACACAUUUAAGGUCAUUGUCGUUCGUUGUAAACUAGUAAGAACAUGUACUUAUCGCUGCGCAGUUUUUAAGACAAUAUUCUACUAGAUUUAUUAGAAAACAAUACUGACUGAUCAUGGGUGAUAGUGCGAAGUUUACGGAAGCUGACAGGUUAAAAUUGUAUAAGUUCAUAAAAAUAUUGACUUUGAAGGUGGCACAGAUUGUGGUGCAAAGUAGGCAGGGUAAGAAGAUUACUCAGGACUAUAAUUCCGCGAUUGCCGCGGAAAAUGGUCAGCAGCCGAAUUUGCAGUGGUUUAACUUAUCCAUCCCUGAUGAGCCUGAAGUUAAUCAAGAUACCGAUGGAGUGUUGAACGGGGAAGUCGUAGAUGCCCUGACAAAAGUUUUCUGCAUAGAAAUAUCUUUACGGACAAGUGACGGUGAAGGCAUGGUGUUAGAAUUGUGGACGGUCAAGAUCAUACCCAGCAGUGCUGACCAAAACUCCAGCUCAGUAACCACAAUUUAUUAUCGUAUGAGCAUCAUGUUGAAGUCUACUUUGAGCAUCUCUAGGGUAACACCAGCCUACAAAAUGUCACGAUCACAACACAAGGAGUCAUACAAAAUUUUACACAAAAUAUAUGGUGGCGAACCAAACAUAAAAUUAUUAGGUGAAAAUUAUAAACAUAUAAAAGUAAGUGAGUUGAGGACACCACUUGGGACAAUCCUAAUAGAAGUAGUAUACAGAACAAAGAUGACUAUGUUGCCUGAAGACAAAAUUAAGUCUGCUGAGGCUGUCACAUCAUCUAGCACUGUCAGUGAUAUUAUGGUCAAGAGUGACCAUUUCUUUACAGAAAGCCCGAAAAGAGCAAACCAAGAAAAGAAAGAAAUAGACUUAUCCAAGCCACUGACUGCUGGAGCGUUUGUAGAUGAAGUCAAAAUUCGGGAGCUGCAUGACGCACUUAGUCAACAAUUGCCUCCGGAACCUCCUAUGACCUGGCUCCUAGCAGAGACGGAUAAAAUUGAAAAGAAAAUGAAGAAUUUGACAACAGCUGAGAGGAUAGACAACGCCAAGCCGGGAAGCAGCGGCGAAGCCAUUUCCUCCGCCCCCCAUCCUCCGAGCAAGGCCAUUGAGGUGCCCAGGGCCAAGAAUGGUGACAAAUAUUCCAGUCUCAUGGAUUUUCCGUUCGCGGAUGGGAGUCCUAUGGCAGACUUGGCGAAUUUCUACCAAGAGUGUGUUCAGGCUAGAUCAGUGAGCGACGAGUGGACGGACCUCAUGGCCGAGGCAUCCGCCUCCACAGACUCUGACUCACUGUCCCAGCAGUUGAAGAUGUUCGAAGAAGCAGUUCCGGAGUUUGACAACAUGGUUGCAUCCAUGCUCAGCACCUCGGAGAACUCUGAAUAAGUGAUGUCACGGUAUUUUCUGUUUGUUUUUAUGAAAGGACUCCUUUUUAGUGAUAUAAGAAUCUUAUUAUAUGACCUUGGAUUUUUAACUCUGCGCUUUUUUUGUAUGGAUUUGUAGUGUAGUAUAAUUUCAUACAAAAGCAAAACAGAAUACGCGCUCGCAUUACGCAGUGGGUGUACACUAGCAUUUAGUAAAACUUAAGGUGUAACUAAUAAAUUGACAAUGGUUAUUUGACUGCAGACGCAAGCUAAUUAAUUUCCAGUGGCAACAGCGAAUUUGACACGUAUAUCUUUUGUACACCCUCUGGUGUAAAUUAACUUUUAUUAAUUGCAGUAUGUUAAGCUGACCGAAGUCAUGGCUUAGCACAACAUGUUCUAUCUCGCUCAU